UCAUCAUCGGGGUGAAGAAGGGAGGAACCCGGGCUCUGCUGGAGUUCCUGCGGGUCCAUCCGGACAUCAGGGCCGUGGGAGCAGAACCGCACUUCUUCGACCGCAACUAUGACCACGGGCUGGACUGGUACAGGGAUCUGAUGCCAAAAACUCUGGAGGGCCAGAUCACCAUGGAGAAAACCCCCAGCUACUUUGUGACCAGAGAAGCUCCGGCGAGGAUCUCCGCCAUGUCCCGGGACACCAAACUAAUCGUGGUGGUGAGGGACCCGGUAACCAGGGCUAUCUCAGACUACACCCAGACUCUGUCCAAGAAGCCUGAUAUUCCCUCUUUCGAGAGCCUGACCUUUAAAAACAGGACUACGGGUCUCAUCGACACCUCGUGGAGCGCCAUCCAGAUUGGCAUCUACGCCAAACACCUGGACAACUGGCUGCAGUACUUCCCCAUGGACCAGAUCCUGUUCGUGAGCGGCGAGCGUUUGAUCAGCGACCCCGCCGGAGAGCUGGGCCGGGUCCAGGACUUCCUAGGCCUGAAGAGGAUCAUCACGGACAAACACUUUUACUUCAACCAGACUAAAGGGUUCCCGUGUCUGAAGAAAGCAGAGGGCAGCAGCAAGCCCCACUGCCUGGGAAAAACCAAAGGGCGAACCCACCCGAACAUUGAUCCUGAGGUGGUGCAGAGGCUACGGGACUUCUACAGACCCUUCAACAUGAAGUUCUACCAGAUGACUGGACACAACUUUGGUUGGGAUUGAAUUCAAAGUUGUGAAAGACAUUCAUUUUUUUUUUAUUAUUUUUUUCUAUGUAAUUCAUUGGCAAGAAGUGGAGAUAUUGCUAUAUAUAUGUAAAAUGUACAGAAAUCUAUUUUAUAAUAAUUUAUUUUUAUUUCUAAGCAAUUAAUUCACUAAGCUGCCUAACCAGAUUUGUGCGUAACAUCUGACACGCCUGUUUUUAACAUUCCUCAUCCUAGAUUUUGUUUUAUUUUAUUUUUUGGUUCACUCUUGGAAACUCGGCAAAUGCUGUCAUUUUUAAAAACCGGGCCAUAAACUAGAGAAGCAGCAUGUUACGUGUGCAGAGUGCUCCCAGAGAAGUGGAGGACACCGUUCCACGUGCAGCUUUGUAUUUGCAAUGUUCUUUUAAUCCUCACAUUUGGUGUUUUGGUUCAUUUCUGCAAACCAGUUUUCGUAUUUAUUGGUCUCCUGUCCCAUUCCACUCAAUAACUCUUUGACCAAGAGGCCUAAUUGAUA